AUGGGGAGUGUUGCUAAAACUAGAAAAUUGAGCUUGAAGAUUCUGUAUGAUAAGAAGAGUAAGAAAGUAUUCUUUGCAGAAGCAGACAAUGCAGCAGUUGAUUUUCUAUUUUAUAUUUUGUCUCUACCAUUAACCACAGUCACAAGUCUCCUCUCCAAAUCCGAGGUAGGAAUGGUCGGAUGUUUGAAUAACCUCCGCAAGAGUGUGAAGAAUCUGGAUGAAAUCUACUUUCUUGAAGACAAGAACAAGGAAUUGCUCUUAAAUCCCUUGCACUCCUUCUCAAUACAGGCACCUUUGUUGCUUCCGACUAAUAAAAAACGUACAACCUAUGAGAUCUACUCAUGCUCAGAACACGAUGUAUAUAGUAUUAGUUCGAUGACAGAAUGUACAUAUUGCUAUAAUAAAACCAGCAAAUAUGAAGGGAAUGAAUUAAUUGCAGUACCGGAUGGUCAAGGCAGUGGUUUUGUGAAAAGUUUGGUGAAAUAUAUUGUGAUGGAUAAUUUGGUGGUUAAACCAAUUUCACAAAUUUCUAGCAUUUGUUUGUUGAAAGAUUUCAAUGUCAAGGAUCUUGCUAAUGUUCAUGAAAUAAUGGUUGAUUUGGGCUUCGAUGAGGGUCUUAAGAUAUUAAAGGCAUCUAUGGAAGGGGAAUCAGUGAUUUCAAGUGUAUUCCUUCACAAGUUGGUUUAA